AUGUCGGCCGACAAGAUUCAAAUGAAGGCGGAACUUGCCUGUUUGAUGUGCAAGACCAGGAAGAAGAAAUGCGACAAGGCUCUCCCGCGUUGCGGAUAUUGUACAGGGAAGAACCUGAAAUGUCGAUAUCAGGAUUCACGUCUAAAUGCCGCCAAGCGAUAUGUGCAUCUCGACCGCCUGAACCAUGUUGCCAAGGCCUCGAUCUUCCUUAUGGAUACAUUAUCUUCUGUCGACCUUUCGAGCUAUAUCCCGGUCGACGAACUCUCCGAGAUGAAAAGUAUGGACGUUUUUAUCAGCGCACAAGUACAUCGCAUAGUUCAUGCAACUGGUCGAUUUGUCAGCGAUAUAAUCGAGCAAUUCUUCGGCGGGAUAUACCGCUUCGUCCCAAUCGUCAGCCGCAAUCGCAUCCAAGAAGUGAUCGCUGGAAUACCAGUCACCACACCGCCGGCCGAUUUUUCUAUUCUACUACUCACUAUAUGUCUGACAACGUAUCAUCCAAAGCCACUCGAGAAGUCGUUACCAGGUAUCGACCACGAUUCAUUGUAUAUCGCCACCAAGUCCCUUUUCAGUAAGGUGCAGACGGCUACCUCCGCGCAAGGCCAGCCAUCCCUAUCACUUGUGCAAGCAGGUAUUUUGAUCGCAGUUUACGAGUAUGCGCGGGGAAUGGUAGAUAGCUCAUAUCUCUCUAUUGGUGCCUGCGCGCGCAUGGGAUAUGCUGCUGGCAUCCAUGAACGGACAAGACUGCCCGGAAAAGGAACGCUCUCAAAGGAGGAAGGCAACACUUGGUGGUCGAUACUAAUAUAUGAAAGAUUAAUUUGUUGUGAUGUGACAACGUCUCAGGACCAGCCAUUUGCCGCCACCAUGCCUGGACCAGAUGCGCUACUUCCAACAGAGCCAAAGGAAAUUGACAGAGCUGAUCGUCUAGAACCUCAAUCAGUUACUAUUAGCUCACUAAGCACUGAAGAGGGCAUUAGCCCACUUGGACGUGCAGCCCAAGGGGUCUGGAUUCUCGACCAGGUUCUCCAGACAAUCCGUAUGGAACAAACGAAGUGCAAACUAGCCCGACUGACUGAAUUAAAUGAUACACUUCAAUCAUUUAUGAUGACUCUCAUGCGCCAACUAUAUGGUGGUCAUGAGCUUUUGUGUGGCUCGAUAGCAGUGGUGAUCAGGACUCUUUUCCUACUCAACGAGAAAAUAGCUGCAGAACAGCUUGAACAAACACUAGAUAUCAAUAGCUGGUGGCAAGAAAGAAUUGAACAGUCCCAGGCCGCGCUCACCACAGCUACGAAGAUGAUGGUUGAUAUUGUGAAGAGUGACUCACUGGCUAGCCCACCAUGUGCCUGGCCUCCGAGUCGUUUGCAUCGGCUUCGAGCUGCACUUAGACACCUCAAACAGCAGCCGUACUUACGGAAAGAAAGUUGGUAUGAUGAUGCCGAGGGUCGUCUUCGCGAGGCGCUGGAUGAGGUUUGUUGGUACUGGAGUGUGGACCGCAGUAACUUAUGA